GUCAAAGCUUGAACACAAACCUAACCUUACUUUACUUUACACGUGUUUAAUGUUUUUCCGAAAUUCUUUCUCGAGGCCACUUGAGAAAAAUUCGAAAAAUCCAAUGAAAGUCUAUUUAAACUUGUUUUUAUAAAUGAAAAAGUGUUUUAUUAAUAAUUACCGGCUUCUAUUUCGUUGUUUUUCAUUAAAAUCGUCAUUAUUCUCGCAGAAAAUGGCGCAAAGUAAAUUUGAAUAUGUGAAGGGUUUUGAACGCGACGAACAUUGUUUACCAAAUUGUUACAUUGUUGUGCGAAUUGAUGGCAGGGGAUUUUCAAAAUUUGCCGACGAUCAUAAAUUUUCGAAACCAAAUGAUCUUACGGCCCUUGAAUUAAUGAAUCAAGCGGCAAUUUCUGUUAUGGAAAAUUUUAAGGAAAUUGUAAUAGCCUAUGGACAAAGUGAUGAAUAUUCUUUUGUAUUCCGACGAAAUGCCGAACAAUUUAAUCGACGAGUUUUUAAAAUAACAUCAAAUGUUAAUUCACUCUUCGCCUCGUCUUACGUUUUUCACUGGUCUCAAUUUUUUAAGGACACACAACUUUUAUAUCCACCGGCUUUCGAUGCGAGAUUAGUUUUAUAUCCAAUGGAUAAUAAUUUACGUGAUUAUUUAUCCUGGCGACAAGCUGACGUUCAUAUUAAUAAUCUUCAUAACACCUGCUUUUGGAAUUUAGUCCAAAAGAAAAAUAUGACCACACGAGAGGCGAACGAGAAAUUAAAAGGCACCGUUUCCAGUGACAAAAAUGAAAUGUUAUUUCACGAUUUUGGUAUAAAUUAUAACAACGAAUUGCCAAUUUUUCGUAAAGGAACGAUUAUUUUACGAAAAUCGAUUACCGAAAAUGGCCGUAAAAGAAAUGUUAUUGAAAAAAUUUCCGAUGACUUGAUUGGCGAUCGUUUUUGGAUUGAGAAUAAAGAGGUUUUUGGCGAUAAUUACGCGGAAGAAUUAUUGAAAACGGGACAAAAAGAAAUUCGUGGGAAAAAAUCGAAAACGAAAGAAGUUGAGAAGAAAGAAAAAAAGAGCGAAGGUAAUGACGCUGCGAUUAGCAGUAACUAACAUUUUUAAUAUUAUAAAAGGAAAGUAAAAAAUAAUAAAAUUUUUUAACUAUUUUCAUUAAAUUUCAAUUUAUUUUUAAAUGAAAAAAAGGCAAAAAAUGAUUGUUAACAUGGAAUGCAGAAUGGUUUUAUUAGUGCGUUAUUACACAGUUUUACAGACAACAAUUUAUACCUCUGAUAAUAAUAAUACUAUACUUGGAGAUUAGAGAAUAUAAUUUAUAUACUAUGUACAAGAAAAUUGAUGUUCUUUUUUUUGUUUCUUUUAAAAGUUUAAAAUUUCAAACGCCAAUAUUGUGAAAAAAAGAAAAUACAUGAAUACUUGAGAUUUUUGUCUCUCAAAAAUAAUUUUGUUCUUGUCGACAACAAUAUUUUUUUUUUUGUUAAUAAGUGGAGCAUUUUUUUUGCCCUCAAAACAAAACGGCGUCGAAUAAAUUUAAUUUUAUCUAUUUCCAA